AUGGGAAAUUACUCUGAUGCCACCGUGCAUCUUAAAGCUUGUUUAGACCUUCAAAUACGUACUAAUCCGAGGAACAAUCAUGAUGUUGCUUCAACUUACUGCUACAUUGGUCUUGUGUUGCAUCUAGAUAAAAAAUUUGUCGACGCACUCAUCCAUUACUGGCAUGCUCUUGAUAUUUAUCUUAAUUGUUCACCUCCAACAAAUCCCAAUAUUGUGAAUACUUACUUACACAUAUCACUUACACUUUCUAAAUCACAUCAAUGGGAAGAGGCUUUGUCUACCCUUCAAAAGCGAUUGGAAAUUCAACGCGUCACGUUGCCUCACGACCACAAAAAUAUCUUUAUCACCUAUCAACAUAUGGCACUGACCGCGGUAAUCAUCCACAACUAUGCCGAUGCCUUAUUAUACUGGCAGCAAUGUUUAGAUAUUCAGACCAAGUUACUGGGUUUAGAACAUCCAGAUCUAGCUAUCACCUAUGAAUCGCUUGGGGAUGCUCAAGAAAAACAAGGGAAUUUCUCUGAUUCCUUGAAUUCAUACCAACGUGCACUGGAUAUUCAUCUCAAAUCGUUAUCACCAACUGAUUCAAAGAUUGCUCAAAUUUACCAGAAUUUGGGUCGCGCCUAUUCCUCGUUGCGUCAAAGAGAAGAGGCUUUGUUAGCAUUAGAAAAGUGUUUGGAAAUACAGCUCGUCACAUUGCUUCCGGACGACCUCCAUAUUGCAACUACACAUGAGCUGAUUGCAGCCAACUACUUUCUAGAAGAAAAGAAUGAGCAAGCACUCGCACAUGCUCAAAAAUGUGUCAACAUUCGAACCGCACGCAUCCCACCAGACCAUCUUGAUCUAGCCUCAGCGCACUCAUUUCUUGGUAAUAUACUGUGCAAACUACAAAAACACUCCGACGCCUUAGUAUCUCACCAACGUGCACUGGAUAUUCGUCUCAGGUCGUUAUCGCCAACUGAUUCAGAAAUUGCUCAAAGUUACCAGAAUUUAGGGCGCGUUUAUUUCUCGUUAAAUCAAAGAGAAGAGGCUUUAUUAGCGUUAGAAGAAUGCUUAGCACUCCAGAGUAUUGCAUUGAUUCCUGACUACAAUAGCACCAUUCUCACUCGCAUGUUGAUCGCAAAGGAAUAUCAAACUAUUCAACGAUCAAUUAUAAUUGAUUUACAAAAAUUAUCUGAUCAUAAUCUUCUAUUAUCUUCGGAUGUCAAAGCAACAGAAUAUCUUCAAGAACGUUACAAUAAUCUAAAAGAAAUUCAUCUCAAUUUAGAACAAAAAGUCAAUCAUCUACGAGAACGUAUUAAUGUUUCAUUAUCAAUCAACGUUAAAAUCGAUGAUAAUCUUCGACAAAUAAAACGUAAACUUAUUUUAUAUGAAACUGAUCUGAAUCAUUUAAGAAAUGAAACACCCAAUUCAGUAUCUGAUAAACGUAUACGUGCCGAAUUAGCAGUGACGGUUUACAACGAUCUUGAGAUCGUGGGAAAUCUCCUCGAAGAAUUAAUUCAUGACGCUGAACGUGAAUGUAAAACAUCAACAGAAAACAUUCUAGCGUUAAGUGAAAUUAAAAUUCAACAUGAACAAAUGCUUCGUGAAUUUAAAGAACAAGUUGAUAAUUCAAAUUUAAUUUUUAAUGAACAUUUUAAUUAUGGUGAAAGUGCACGAACACUCAGAUCAUUCAUCGCCGAUGUUACUACGGAAUUGUGUAAUCUUGAUAAACAACCAAUUUCGACUAUUGAAAAAACAAGAGAAUUAAUUGAGUCAAAAGUUAUGCAAGUCCAGCGCUUGAAAGUACGCUAUGAUGAAUUACAACCAAUUCUCGUUCGUAUUCAAAAAGCUACAGCGUCCGAUGGUCAACAUAAAUUACUGGACGAAAAUCAAUUUCUUUUUGAUGCAUUACAAUCGUUAGAAAAUCAACUCUCAACUAUUCACUCAUUAUGUCUUGAAAAGCAACAAGCAUGGCUCGAAUUUAAACUUCGUUUCGAUACAACAUAUUCAUCGUUUCAUCAAAUUGUUGAACUCUAUCAACAAAAUAAUCAUGAACUUGAUUCAUUAAAAGAUAUUCAAAAUGAAUUACUUCUUCUACAAGAUCAUAUUGAUUAUCUUCUACAAAUAAAAUCAACGCGUUUUUCAAUUCUUACGCCGAAUGAUAAUCUAUUCUUUUUGGAUACAACUAUUGAAUACGAUUUAUCUCAAUUACAAACAACAUAUCGUCUUAAAUUAAAUCAAAUUAAUCAAGAAAUCGAACAAACAACAGAAAACAAACUUAAAGAUGAACGAUUGAAACUGUUCAUAAAAUCAAUGGACGAUAGUUUAAAUUUACAGGAAGAAACUUUCAAUAAAAUUUCCUAUCAAAGACAAUUAGAUAAUGAAACAACGUUUGAAAAUUUAACUCAACUAUUUCAACAAAUCGAACAAAUGCAAAUACAAUUGAAAGAAUUAUCGAAAAAUUUCAAUCAAAUUUCUAAUAAUAAUACAAUCGAAGAAUUAAAAAGCAAACUCGAAAGAUUACGAACACAAACCAACGAUGAACACAUUGCUUUCAAUCGUUUAAUCAAUGAAUAUAAAUCUUUGAAUCAAAUGGUUGCAAAUUAUAACGAAUUAAAUGAACAAAUCAAUGAAUGUAUCGUCAAUAUUUUACAAUAUGCUGAUAGUCGAUCGAGAUUGCUUACACCCGAGCCUGAUCAACGUUCGCCAACAGAUCAACUGGUUCAAUUGAAUAUUUACAGAAUUCAAAUUCAAGAACAAUUAACCAUUAUUGAACAUUCGAGCAAAGCUACAUCGACAUUUAUUUAUGAACGUUUUGAACAAUUACAUCAAGACGUACUUUCAUUAAAAGAUGAAAUCGAAUCUAUUCUCGAAAAAGAAAACGAAACAACAUCAUUUCAAAAUAAAGUCGAUCGGCUAAUUGAAACUCUACAAAUUGAAUUUGAUCGUUCACCGAAAUUUUCUUCUCCAUUAACAAAUGAUACAUUCGAAGUCUAUCAAAAAUCAUCGAAUAAUUAUCUACAAACAAUUCAUAAUCUCGAAAAUGAAAUUGAAAACAUUAUUGAACAAUUUCAAGAUACUGGCUUAGUUCGUCAAUACAAUAUUCGAUUCAAUCAAAUCAAACAAGAAAUAAUUCAAAUCGAAUCGAAUAUUAAAAAUCAAAUCGAACAUCUUCGACAAGGACUUGCCGAACAAAACAGUCUUCAAAUUCGAAUUCAGUCCAUCAUUGAAGAUUUAACUAUUUGUGAAAGCCAACUAACAGAUAGAGUAUCUAUGAAAGAACAUCAACUCGAUCAGAAACUACAAGAAGUACAAAUCAUGCUUGAAGCUAUUGAAUCUACAAUUGAUGAUGUUUCUAUGCAAUCGAAAUCAUUGGAACAAGAAUAUUCAGUUCCACAACAACAAACACAAAUAAAAGAUAUUCAACUUCGUAAACAACGUGUUGCACGACUCAUCC